AAGGUGCCACCUCACCACCACGUCACGCAUCCAUCUUCGUGGAAGCAGCAAAUUCCUCUUGCCAGUCGGCAGCGUCGCCAUGAUCGAUAAAGACGUUGCAAUUAUAGUUCUACAAGCUCCAUCUUUAAAGAACAGCCAAUAAUCACAUAGAGAUUCAUUUCAAUUAUCUUGUUUUUUAUAAUUAACAAAAGCGACCUUUUUUUUAUGAUAAUUUAUGAACGGAAGACACGAGGAGAGAGAGAGAGUGCGUGGUUUCGUCUUUCGUGGUCUCAAUCGAGCUUAUUUUUUAGAGACUGCUCAUCUAAUAACAGAAUUCAAAAACCCCAUUCAAACCCUAGAUUUUUUUUUUUUUGGGUUUUGUCUUUUGAAUUUUUUUGGGUUUUGAGGUCCAAAAAAGCUCUGUUUUCUUUGGUUUGUGGUUCAUAGGUUUUGAAUCUGUAGAGAAAUGGGGAGUAAAAAGGAAGAAGAACGUAACGAGAAGAUUAUUAGAGGUCUCAUGAAGCUGCCACCAAAUCGUCGCUGCAUCAACUGCAAUAGCUUGGGUCCGCAGUAUGUUUGUAUUAAUUUCUGGACUUUCAUUUGUAUGACUUGUAGUGGGAUACAUCGGGAGUUCACUCAUCGUGUAAAGUCUGUGUCCAUGUCCAAGUUCACAUCUCAAGAAGUUGAAGCACUUCAAAAUGGUGGUAAUCAGCGUGCAAGGGACAUAUACUUGAGGGAUUGGGACCAACAGAGGCAGAGAUUGCCUGAUAACAGCAAUGUUGAAAAAGUGCGAGAAUUUAUAAAGACUGUAUAUGUUGAUAAAAGAUAUGCUGGUGGAAAGACCCAUGACAAGCCUCCUAGGGAUUUGCAGAGGCUUAGAAGCCCUGAAGAUGAGACUAGGCGUGCAAGCUCGUAUCAUUCAUAUUCUCAAAGUCCUCCUUAUGACUUCCAGUAUGAAGAUCGACGUUAUGGAAAGCAAGCUGCUGUUCUUACACGUAAACCUGGUUCAGAUCGAGGCCUUUAUGUCGGGAAGAUGUCUAGUUUUAUUUGCAGUCCUACUCGCUUAAAUGAAAGAAUGUUUGAGGACAGUUUUGCAAAUGAGGGCUCUGUGUCUAGGGUUUCAGACUAUUCUGUAUCUAGUAGGGGUGAUCCGUUCGGUAGAGAGUCGCCAAAUUUUCAGACUAUUCAGACUCCAAGGGAUAAUUCAGGUCAAAAUGGACAUCAUCAAAGAAUAGAUCAAUUUUCAGAGGAAAACUUUAAGAGAGAUGCAGAUGGGUUUCCACGUCGACAGAGACCUACGUCUUUAGGAAGUGUUGGAUCAUUUGAUAGCAAUUCUGAAUCUUUGAAGUCAUAUAAUUCUGGUAAUUUACCAGAUGCUGUCUCAGAGCCUGAGUGUGCUAAUGGAGAUCGCCAGGAUAGAAUGCCUACUUUUCCACAGUUAUUAUCAACUUCUGAGAGUUGUGGUAGCUUGGAUCAUUUUAAGGCACCUGUUUUUCCAGAAUCAAGUGCUUCUGGAUCUUCACCAAUGGAUUUGUUUCAAUUGCCAGCAGCAUCACCAGCAUCAUCUAUCAAUUUGUUUCAGGCACCUUUGGAUCCAGCUUCAUCGUUGAAUGCAUAUCAAACCACCCAAACUUCUGUUUCCUCAUCUAUUGAUCUCUUUGGUGGGAUUGUUCAGCAGCAAUCAGUUACUAGCUUGAACCAAAAUUUACCAGAGUCAUCAGUCCCUAAAAAUGAAGGAUGGGCUACUUUUGAUACUCAGCCCAUGGCAUCCACUUUAGGGACUGGAAAUCUUGCACCCUCAAUGGUACCUUCAAAUGUAGAUUCUUCAGCAAAGCUUGAUCAGGUUUCAUCUUUGGAUACAGGCAUGCAGUGGCCACCAUUUCAGAACUCUACUGCCCAAGGGUCAUCAUCAGUGCCUAGUCCCUGGCACAAUGAUUUGCACAAUCUUCAAGCUUCUGGUAACACAGGUAGUGCUCAGACAUGGAAUGCUUUUGACAAUUCUAUUACUCGCCUUCCUUUAGAGGGCAGUAAUCAAGUUAGUCAACCACAAGUUACUCGCCUUCCUUCAUCAACUGCUGACCAGUAUUUGGGAUUGAAGGCUUCAGAGGACCCUAGUAAAUAUGGGAUUCAAGGAGCUGCUCUGUAUGAAGGACUCUCUGGUCUGAAUGGACCAUUGGACAAUGUCCUGGAGCCAACAUAUACUCCUUCAGAGAAUCCUAAGAUGGAAGCGCCUCAACCAUACACAAUCAAUCAUAAAUCAACUAACCCAUUUGAUCUUCCAUAUGAUUCUGAUUUGGAGCCAGGCAAUAUGUUCUUGGAUAUGAGUUCAUUGCAAACUGCUCUGCCUAAUGCUCACUUGCCAUCAACCUUCCUUGGUGGCGUGACUGAACCAUGGUUUCCUCAAGAUCCAGUUGCAACUUAUAUUCCAGCUGCACCAAAAGGUAGCUUGGCAUACAUGGCAGGACAAGCACCAAGCCCUCAAUUAGGGAAUGUCCAAACUCAAGGACCUGUUGCUUCUGUUGGUGGAAAUCCGUUUGCUUAAAGGAUUUAACAAUGAAGAAUAUUAGUACUAUUAUUUUGUGUUGAGUAGCACCGUUAUCGCAAUUAUUUUCAUUAUUCUUAUUGGGUAAUCAUUCUUGUUUAUAUUCCUUAUGAAAAAUAAAACCUUUUUAUUUCUAACUCAGCUGUUAGUUUGCAAGGCCUCGAAAUUUUUAGUGCAGAGUUUCAGGUUCAGGCCUUGUCUUUGUAUCUGAAUCAUAUUAUGAGAACAGGUUGUGUAUUAUUGAAUGUAGCUUCAAAAAUUGGAAGUAUUUUUAUGGUC